AUGCGACGCCGACGUGGUGAUGGGUACACGCAAAAGCGCGUGGGCGAGCACCAUGACGGCAACCUUGGCGUGUACAUGUCGCAUAAGUUGCAAAAGCUAAGAGGACAGAAUGAGAGCUUGGUAGCGGCGUCGCCCAGUGUCCAAGCGUCGCGGAUGUUCCAGGGGGUCCAUGUAUACGUGGACGGGUAUACACUUCCGAGUAAAGAAGAGCUUCGCGAGCUUAUGUUGCUGCACGGCGGCGGGUUUGAACAUUACGACACAAGUCGCGUGACGCACAUUAUAGCCACUCACGUGCCAGCAUCGAAAUUACUGCAGCUUCAAAAAGCGAGGCGUCCAGUUCCAGUUGUGCACCCGGACUGGGUCGUGCACAGUAUCGAGCAGAAGAAACUGUUGCCCGUGCAGCCAUUUUUGUAUCGAGGCUUCGCCGAUCCAACACAGAGCAGCAUCUUGCGUGCACCGGACUCAUGCUAUUCGACAGAUUCAGUAAAAAUCGACGAUUUAGCUGCUAAAAAUGAGGUUAAGGCAGCACAAGCUUUGUCAAGUACUAGUGCUCCAAAUCCAGCGUCGAAGCAUGCUACGGAUAUCCCUGAACAAAUUGAUUAUGGCAACAAUGAAGACACGACAGCGAUCGUGGCUUUAGGGCAAGAAGAACCAGAAGAGGAAUCCGAGGACGAGUUUGAUGAUCAGCUGCCACAAACUGUGAUGGACAACUAUGCGAACGGAUCUACAAAACUCAAGACAAAUUCAACAAGAGAUGGACCUGAGUUCGUGCGACACUUUUUUGCCAAGUCAAGAUUGCAUCACAUCGGUACGUGGCGGGCUACGUUCCAGCAAAAAGCGGGUGACUUCCAGGCAAAGUAUAAGGGAGGUCGAGUGAAGAGAGCGUCGGCAUUGUCAAACGACCGGGUGAUUUUUCAUGUGGACAUGGACUGCUUUUUCGUGGCUGUAGCAACGCGAGGUCGACCCGAGCUCGAGCAACUGCCUGUUGCUGUUGCUCACUCGGGUAAUGCGGGUUCGUCAGAAAUCUCGUCGUGCAAUUACUUGGCACGCGCGAAAGGGGUGGGAGCCGGGAUGUUCAUGCAGCGCGCAAAAGAGCUGUGCCCUGAAUUGGUGGUGCUGCCGUACCACUUCGAUGCCAUCCAGCGCGUGUCUUUUCAGAUUUACGACAUCUUUUUUUCGCAUACGCCAUACGUGCAGGCGGUCAGUUGUGAUGAAGCGUUUCUUGAGUUUGAGCGAGGGACGAGUGGAAUGGAGAAGGCAACGACGAUUCGCCGAGAGAUUUUUGAGCAAACUCGUUGUCCUGCUAGUGUAGGUGUGUCGUACAACCUACUUCUUGCAAAGUUGUCUUCGAAAAAGGCAAAACCGGACGGAAUAUAUCACAUUGGUGACCCGUCUCAGGCGGAAAGUUUCAUGCUGUCGCUCAGGAUCAGUGACUUGCCUGGAGUCGGACACAAGAUACGGUCGAAACUUGACGAUAAUAGCGUUGAGAAUGUCCAACAACUCGUAUUAAAGUCGAAAGACGAACUCGUGCGAAUUCUCGGUCAAGCGUCCGGUAGAAAAUUGUUUGCAAACGCUCGAGGACAUGAUGUCAGCCCGUUAUCAGUGGAGUCCAACAUGACGCGUAAGAGUGUGUCAGCAGUCGUAAAUUUUGGGAUUCGUUUCGAGUAUUGGGGAGACGCAACUGUAUUCUUGAAAGCGCUGGGUGAGGAGCUAAGUCACCGUCUUCGGAACCUGAAAGCACGUGCCAAAUGUUUGACGCUGCUGAUUAAGAAGCGGGCGGAAGGAGCGCCCGUCGAGCCAUCAAAGUUUAUGGGCCACGGUGUUUGCGAUAAUUUUUCUAAAAGCCAUGUACUAUCUCAAGCAACAGACGAUGAGGUUGUGAUUAGCAUGGUCUGCAUUGAGUUGCUCCGACAAUUCAAUUUUCCGAGCAAGGAGCUCCGUGGAGUUGGAGUGCAGGCCUCAAAGUUGGAUUUGAGGGCCCCGAACACGAGUCAGAGAAGUGGGCAGCUUUUUGAGGCGUGGCUAAACGAUCCUGCGCAAAGUAAAUCGAUACUGCACCCAUCGCGAGAGCAGAGCGAUCCUGAGCGAGUAGACGGCGGAGCAAGAAAGCAAGAGAGCACGGAUAGAAACAAUUACGUAAGUACGGCGUUCUCGCAGAUUAACAUGGAGGUGCUAGACGAGUUACCAGAUCAACUGCAGCGGGAAAUACUGGCUUCUUACGGUCGAGUUGCGCCAACAUCGACUGCUGUCCCGAAAAGUCGUCAACCACCAAAACGGAAGACCAACGGCAAAGCGCCUCUGCGACCAAAGAACCUCGCACGAAACAUGUUUGAUUCGAAAUCAAAUCGCCGACUGGCUCAGACUUCAAUUGGAGAACCGAAAAGAGGAGACGCGCUUGAUGACAUCCGAAUCUCCCAAGUGGCCUUGGAAGUGUACGAGUCGCUACCACUCCCGAUUCGUAGAGAGGUCGAUCGAUACGCAAAGAAGCGCAAAUUUAAUCCGAUGACAGUUCCACUUCCUGGACCCAAGGGUCAACCAGGUGCCAUCAAUCUUGACCAAGUGGCAAAAGAAAAGCCGCAGCCAGUUGUAUUGUCAUCGAUCGAAGAUUUGUACGCGAACCUUGCCAAAAAUCUUCGGAGUGCCGUUGUUGUAUGCGACGAUGAAAGUGGUGAUGAUGGACAACAGGUGGCCAACAAUAAAGCCCAAUUGGCAGCUUUUGAUGCCAUCUACUCGCGCAUUUUGGUCGAGGUGGAGAACCGAACGCUUGACCAGGCUCUGCGAAUGCUCCGCUUCUUUCGCCGUAAAUGUUCUAGUGCAGCUGCGCCCGCAGAAGUCACCGAGCUUCUGAAGCACGGCUUCAACCACGUUCUUGACCUUGUAAACCAGGAUGUUCGACGACAUUUUAAUGGCAGACUGUCGUCGCAACUGGUUGCAUCACUUUAG